AUGCAUUACGGCGUGCAUUUGCAGCUUGGCUUCGAAUACAAAUGGCUGCCUUACAAAAGUGUUAGAGAUGGCACCGGAGCAUUUAAGCCGGUUCACGUUGGUGAUUGUAUCCCUUGUGUACUGAAAACUUCGAAAGGCUCGGAACUGCUCGGGAAUUUGCAUACGAAAAUGGAGAAGGCAACAGCCGGUUAUUGUGGCAAGGAUGCGGCAGUCACUGGCCCGGCUGUGAAUGAAUUUGAAGUGCUCUGCCGAAACGGGUUCAAAAAGAGCUAA